GGAUGGUUGUAGUCACGGGACAGACCAAAGCUUGUGGACACCUGGGCGAUGCCAUGUCGAGCUCAGAUGCAGAGGAUGAUUUUCAAGAGCCUGCCACUCCAACAGCAACCCAGCCAGAGCACUCGCUGCCCCUGCUUCCUCAGCAGUUUCCUGAAGUAGUUCCACUAAAUGUUGGAGGCACCCAUUUCAUGACCAGGCUAUCAACACUGAGACGUCAUGAAGAUACCAUGUUGUCAGCCAUGUUCAGUGGCCGGCAUUACAUCCCAACAGAUGCUGAGGGCAGAUAUUUUAUUGACAGAGAUGGAGCAUAUUUUGGGGAUGUGCUUAAUUUUCUACGAUCUGGUGACUUACCUCCAAGAGAACGAGUGAGGUCUGUUUACAAGGAAGCUCAGUAUUAUUCCAUAGGACCCUUGCUAGACAGUCUAGAAGAGCUCCAGCCCCUGAAAGGAGAGAAAGUGCGGCAGGCUUUCCUGGGCUUAAUGCCCUAUUACAAAGAGCACUUAGAGCGAAUCAUUGAAAUAGCUAAGCUGCGGGCAAUGCAAAGGAAAGCACGCUUUGCUAAGCUAAAGAUCUGUGUCUUCAAAGAAGAGAUGCCCAUCACACCCUACGAGUGCCCACUUUUCAACUCCCUCCGUUUUGAGAGGAGUGAAGGGGAGGCCAAGCUUUUUGAGCACCAUUGUGAGGUGGAUGUAUCCUUUGGGCCCUGGGAAGCCGUGGCAGAUGUGUAUGACCUCCUCCAUUGCAUUGUGACGGACCUUUCCAACAGGGGCAUCACAGUUGACCACCAAUGUAUUGGGGUGUGUGACAAACACUUGAUUAACCAUUACUAUUGCAAGCGCCCAAUCUAUGAAUUCAAGAUAACAUGGUGGUAGGCCCUUAGCACAAGGAGCAUGAAAGAGAGCAAGCUGGUGUGUAAACCUUCUUUAUGUAUUACUGGUCUGAGUUCUGUGAACUGUGGUAUUACUGAUAUGUGUUGGAAUCUGUCU